CUUCUUCUUCAAGCUCUGUUUCAGGCCUCUCCCUAAGUGAUUCUCGGUGUCCGCGGGUUUGCUAUUGUCUUCCAUCUCCAAAUAGAAUUUCGAUUUUGCAGAAACCCCAGAUUUCUCAAGAUUCUGCAAUUCUUGGUUUUGAAGCAGAGUCGCAGGUUUCUCAAAGUUUCAAGCUCUGCUCUGUUUCGGACGAGUGAGUGGUUUUUGCAAGUUUCUGGUAUCUCUGGUCUCUUUCGUCUUAGCACUCCGUAUGGUUCAAUUGCCGCCUCAUGAGGAAAGGGUUUUAGUUUCACUUUGUUUGUUUCGCGGGAAAACACCAGACGGAUCAUAAUUGUUGCUGGGUCCGAGUGCUCUUUCAUCUUCAAGCUCUGGUAUCUGGGUUCCCAAGAGGGAAUUAGUUUCAAUUGCUUGGUUCGUUGAAUCCUCGGAUUUUCUGUUCUGGAGCUUCUUUGCCUGUCCGUUUCACCAUAUAUUUCCAGAAGAUUUCACAAAAAGUGAACUUCCUGGGCUCUCUCUCUCUCGUCAUUGGAUUUCAACAUUACGCGGGAAAUCUUCUUCAAUCCACUCUUGGUGGCAAUAGCAUGGAAACAGUCUACUGUGGAUAUAGUUUGAAUCUGGAGACAAGAAAUUCCGAUUUUUCUGGGCUAUCGACGGCUAUCUUCAACUUCUCGGUCAAGCGGCACCAUCAGCUAGUCUUUGUUGAUCAAGUGGGAGUGCCGAUAAAUUUUCAAGACACCAUACUGUCCGAGUCGAGUCAGUCACUUGAGCUGCCACUCUGCGUCCUACUAUGGCAAUCCCUCUGCCAAACACACAUGGAGAGAGUUCUCGAUGCUUUGGACGUUCAUAGCUGCUUUUGGGCUGAUAUCAUAAGAUCUAUCAUGCACGCUGUGUUUUUGGGAUUGUAUUAUGGCCAUCAACAGUUCGACAUGAACAUAGAUUUGGAUUUGGCCACCCAAGAGCAAGUCAGGAUGGAAAACAUUGUGGAAGUCUCCACUGGAGGAUACGAGUCAGACCCCAAUCAAGAUCAAGUCACGCUGGGCGUCUCCAGAAGCACCAUUGAAAAGCUCGAGAGGAACAGCUGCUCUGUCUGGGACGGCGACGGAUGCUGCUGUAUUUGUUUAGAGGAACUGAAUGGGGUAGACAAAGUGAUGGAGAUACCGUGUUCGCAUCUCUUUCACAGCAAAUGCAUUGUCAAGUGGCUCGAGAGGACUGACUCGUGUCCGCUUUGUCGUAGCAAAGUAGAAGUAGAAGAUCCAGAGUAGUGAGUUCUAGUUCGUAAGAUUUCUAGUAAGUAAUUUGCUGUGAUUACUUUGCAACGACUUACUGCAUUAAUUACAAAAAGAGACAUUUGGUCUUUGCCUUCAU